AAAACAGCGGGAACUUAAAGGAGGAACGACUGAGACUGAGCUGGAGUUUCACUAGACAUGUCUUACUACGAACACAUCAUCUUCGAGGAUGGCACUUUCCUGGACAACUCCUCGGAGGCUGAGUCCGGUUCAGGGGAUCUGGGCGCCGACUUCGACGUGCCCUGCGACCGCGCGCUCAGCCACGAGCUGCAGGCGCGCGUCCUGCCCGCCGUCUACGGCCUGAUCUUCGCGCUGGGCCUGGUGGGCAACGGCCUGGUGCUGCUGGUGAUGGGCUGCCAACGGGGCGCGCGCAGCAUGACGGACCGCUACCGGCUGCACCUGUCCGUGGCGGACCUGCUCUUCGUGCUCUCGCUGCCCUUCUGGGCGGUGGACGCGGCGCGCGGCUGGCGCUUCGGCGGCUUCAUGUGCGUGGCCGUGCACGCCGUGUACACGGUCAACCUGUACGGCAGCGUGCUGCUGCUGGCCUUCAUCAGCGUGGACCGCUACCUGGCCGUGGCGCGCGCCACCAGCAGCCGCAGCGCGCGCCGCCUGCUGGCCGAGCGCGUGGUCUACGUGGGAGCGUGGCUCCCCGCCGCGCUGCUCACGGCGCCCGACCUGGCCUUCGCCACCGUGGAGGAGGACCCGAGCUUGGUGGACGGCACGCGCAUCGUUUGCGCGCGCGUCUACCCGGCCGAGUCGGCCGCCACCUGGACCAUCGCCUUCCGCCUGCAGCACGUGCUCGUGGGCUUCGCGCUGCCCGGCGCCGUGCUGCUGGCGUGCUACUGCGUGGUGGCGGCGCGCCUGGCGCGCGGCCCCGCCGGCGUGGGCGCGCAGAAGCGGCGCGCGCUGCGCACCACCGUGGCGCUCGUGGCGUGUUUCUUCGCCUGCUGGAUGCCCUACUGCGCCGCCAUCCUCGUGGACACGCUGCUGUCGCUGGGCGUGCUCGAGCACACGUGCGAGCGGCAGCGCGCGCUCGAGCGCUGGAUCUGCGCCACGGAGGCGCUCGCCUACUUCCACUGCUGCCUCAACCCCAUCCUCUACGCCUUCCUGGGGGCCACGUUCAAGAGGUCCGCGCGCAACGCGCUGUCAGGCGGACGGAGCUCCAGCAUCAAGAUCCUGCCCAAGAAGAAAGGCGGCGUGUCCACGUCCACAGAGUCCGAGUCGUCCAGCUUCCACUCAAGUUAACACGGACACAAGCGAGGGACUUGCUAUGAACUGUAAAUGUAUAUAUAUAUACACACACACACACACACACACACACACACACACACACACAUAUAUAUAUAUAUAUAUAUAUAUUGGACUUGCAAUGGACCUGAUAUUUUCAUAUUCACACAGAAAAAGACUCACAGUUGCUUUGUUCCCACAUACAGACCCCCGUUGGAUUAAACGUCCGUUUUCCACGAGCUCCCGGUGUUUAUACUCAUGCAAACUGCAGUUGUAAAUACACGUGUGAUGGACUUGCUGUGUGAGCUGGCAGGCUGAGCCUGUAGACCAUUGAGUGGUCACCCAGCACCAGCCUUUAUGUAAAUAGCAGGACAGUCCAGUAUUACCAGUGAGACAGAGGACUUUCACUUUGUGUGGAGCGCAUGAACACUGGACUGUAUGAAUGAGGAAAAGUGUCUUGCAUUGAUUUUUCAAAAUCUCCACAUAAUUAUAUCGUUUCUGUGUAAACAGCGUCAUUCGGAGUGUUCUGAUGUGAGAAGGAUCGUUGCAGACUCAGGUUUCCACACAGUGGUGGUGAGAGGAGCCAGGGGUGUGAUCUUUAUUACACAAACAUAGCCCUUUACUUAACGACCGCCCGUCUUCGGAGAUUUCACAUGUAACGCUGAAAAAAUUGGUGAACUUGAAACGAUUCGUUUUCUUGGGGUACUAUUUUGCCCCACGAUGUCCUGCAUGUACCUUACUGUAAAACAGUGUUGGAGACAUCAGGCGGCUUAUAUUCAUAAACAUUUCAUGUAAUAACUUUCUAUGUGGUUUCCUUUAGAGGUGGACGUCUGGUCCCUGUCACCACCACUGUGAUCAGUUCUGACUUGGAACGGCGCAUCUCACACCAAACCACUCUGAAUUACUUUGUUUACAUCUCAACCAUGUAAUUAUGCAGAAAUGUAGAAAAAUCAAUGGAACCCAAUUGUAUGUUCACUGGUGGCCUUCUGCACUUAUGCACCCACUGCUCUUAUUUAUUUUUUUGAAAAACAGGCCGGAUGAGUGAAUGAAUGUUAAGGCCUCAGAAUCGACGUUCUUCUCAUGUGAGCUGCUAUACAGCUGGAGUCCUCAGAAUAAACCACUUGUAUAUUUUAAA